CACUUCUAAAACACUCAAUUGUUCACAGAACAUUCUGCUCCAUCCUGGGAUCAAGGCGGGCACGAUACAAAGAACAUUUUGUUCUCGAAAUCCUGUCAAACUUUCGUGAGUUUUAGUUAAAUUCUCUCCUCCUCAAAUUAUAAUUAUCCUGCCCGCAAAAGAUUAUCACUGUACUUUAACGAGGUUUCAUAACAGUCCCCCCGAGUAAUAAUUCAGAAGAUCAAGGCGUUCAUCUUGCUUGCUGAUUUUGUCUGCUUUCAAAUAAAACCGGUGUUGAAUUUAACAGCGUCACAAUCCCAGACAUUGACACGUAGGGAACAAGCUCUCGGCCUCCUGCCGACUCUGCGGAUAUCUCAGUGUGGAACUUGCCCCCUACUCCUGCAACCAAAAAUGAGUCGUGUGAAUGUCCCCAAGCUGUUAAACAACAAUAUAUUUGUGGAUUUCUUAAACACCUAUCUCAACUUACCGGUAUUUGGACAGACUCCAAUCUAUAUUUUAAAAGACAAAUCUUGGGAGCUUCACCCUGAACUGCCGUCCAACCUGAUCGAACACAUGAGCGGGUUUCUGAAGUGGCUGGAAGAUCAUCGUUUGCAGCAUUUCCUGAAGACAGACCUGUACCUUCACUUCAUUUUGUGCCAACUGUUGCUGGGCAUGACUUUGCCCGCUCUGGCAGCACCCAAAUAUGAAUCCAUGCCUCAGGAAUCGUCGGAAUCUCUCGAAACAAUGCAGUUCUCUGAAGACAGCGUGUCCUCUGAUUCAAUAAGCAGUAACUCACAGGAGUCCAGCAUCCAGCUGGGCCAUGAGGCGGCCAAGGUAGAAAAAGCACAGCCGAGCGAGACAUGGGACCAGUGGCUACUGAAACGCUGCAUCGGGAGCGUGCAGGGGAUGAGGCGCUUUCGAUCAUUUCUCAUGGGGACAACUGGGGCAGAGCUGGCGGAGUUCUGGGUGAGGGUGGAGAAGAUGCUGAAACUCAACGAGAUUGACGUCAACCAGCGAGACCAGUACUUUGCUCAGCUCCGCACGUUACAGGCCACUCACCUGCAGGAUGGGUCUGUCGUGAUGUCCACCUGCGGAGGUUUUACUGAUAUUUCGUCGUCGAAUGCAAUGAAGCUCUAUCGAACCAGGAGGGAUUUCAUAGUGAAGCUACAAACGGGAGUCCUGGAGAAGCUGAAAGGGUACUGGUUGCCCCGCUUCCUGAUGCACUGCAAACGCAACCUGAGAAAGCUCAACGGGUACGAUGUUGUCAGACGGGAGUAUCAAGAAAAGAUGUCACAUGGAAAGGUCACAGAAGACGACUCGCCCAACCCCAUCUCAACAACGAGCAUGAAACGUACAGAAGGCAUCUCCUGGCCCUAUUACACCAAGGCUCACAAGCGUCUCCUCUGGAAGCUGCCCUACUGUAAGACCAAGCACGUAAAGAUCACAACGACACCGCAGCCUCCGACUAAAGAGCGACGGAGCUGCGGUCGAACCCAGCCAAAGGCAACUGCCCCCAAGCCCACUCCACAGACUCUGCCCAAACAGCAGGAGCCAGUGUGCCCUCAUCAGCCAUCAACGUGGGUUUGUUCAUCAUCACCAAGUAGAGAUAAACAGAUGAAGAGCAGACAGGGUGAGGACACCUUCCUAAAGCGAGACUGCGCUAUCCCACUCAUCAAAGCUCCUUCGAUGCUCCAAUGUCAGAGGUUUCCUGAGAUGCCCCUGCAGUUCAGGUACCUCCACUGGGCCUUUAAUGCAGACCAGCUGGCAGGAGAACCAUUUGCAUCUUUCUUGAGGAUGAAAAAGAACGUCUCCCAUCUCUCCUACCUGCUCCUCUGGCACGACAUGACAAACUUCUUGAACGUUGUGUUGAGUGUGAAGGACAGAGCUGGGUAUCUUCUCAGGAAAAUCCUGGGUCAGAAGAUCAUUGAAGUGUACUUGACUGAGAAUAGUAACCAGUAUGCCAAGCUGCAGGUAGAAACUGAUCAGAACCUCAAGACCCUUCUCCCCUCGGGUCAGGUCAUUCCAUGGAUAUUCACUGCCCAGAAGGAGAUCUGUGAGAUACUCCUGGAAACAUAUGACGAUUUUCUGGAUCACGAGGAUAUGAACUUCCUCAAUCUUGCGGUUGGGGCCAAACCAAAUGAUCCAAGCAGCUGGACACAGUGCAAGAAUCUGCCACCGCGUGUGGCAGACACAGAGGACCUGCACAUCAGGAGGAUGGCCAGGUCGAUGCUACUGAACCAGGCCUGCACGGCCAUUGGCGAUACCGACAAACUGACCGAUGAGGAAUGGAUGCUGCUGGUCUCUGAGGACACCACUAAUCUCGGCUCCAUGAAGAUGGUCAUAAAGGCUGCAGCUGAAGAUAUGGAGAUCAAGAACAUGACCUUUGAGGAGCUUGCACUGAAGCAUCCAAGGCUGGCAAUUGAGGAGCUGAGCAAGAGCUUUCAUCGAUAUUACAAGACGUUGGUUCUACUUGGUCUGCUGGAUGAAGAGGUUUUGCGGGACCAUCUCUACUUAAAGCUGAACGUGAAGGUUAUGAAAGUCGGGAAAAAGAUCUUUACAAGACCCAAAAUAGUUCCCAAGAAACUGACAGAUGUGCUGACGGACACAACGGGAUUGCAUUUCUUCCAGAGGUUCCUGGAAGCCUAUGAUGCUGACUUUCCACUGCAGUUCUGGCAGGCCGUAGAGCACCUCCAAAACCUCACCACUCUAAACGAGAAGCGACUCUAUGUCAACUGGAUGACUAAACACUUCUUCAACCAGAACAUCCGUCCAGAGGAGUUACUGCACUGUAAUGCGCCUAUCAUCAAACAGAUUAUGGAAGCGAUUGAGAAUGGAACUCCAGUCACCAUGACCAUGCUAUUACAGGCUCAGUCAGCAGUUCAAAAAUCCAUGCAGAACUGGUUCGAGCUCUAUCUGAAAACGUACCCAGUCGAAACCAAAUAUCGCUUGGAUUCUACAGGCAUUUUGAGGUCAAUCCACGUUCUCAGUGAAGCGAACCGAGCCUGGAUGGAGCUGCAGAAGUUGAUCCGAAUGGUGAUGCUGUUCCAGAAGAUGAUAAGGAAUUCACCAAUCCGUAAACUGUUUGAAAGCUACCUGCAGGACGAAAUCUACAAUGAUGAGGAAAAUUUGGCCACAUUUCGUGUUAUAUCCACGGUGCCCUCCCUGAUCAACACGUCUGUCGGCCGUUUAUCUGAUUUUGCUGAGGAGAGUGAGAUGGCCCCAGUAAAGAAGCGGAUUGUGUGCAACCGGGCUAUCCUUAUCAACUACUUAGUGAAUGACCUGCACUUCUGCAUGGAAAUCCAGCAUUACGUGCGGCGAUCAGAAGCUGCGAUCAUCAUGGCCCAGAUGGGGAUGCACGAUGACAUCUAUGAGGGUUUGCUUCGGGCCAAGGGGGAGAUGAUCAGCAGGUUGUUCCUGCAAGCGGACACCGCUCCACGUCUCCGGGUGAAUAUUUCAGAGUACGAGAAAGAUCGAGUGAUUAUGGGGAUGCGAUACGGAGCGCUGGAACCCAGCUUGUUUCACAACGCACGCAUGAGUGUGAUCCUUCCUCUCUUACACUUCUGGAGAAGAUUCUGUAUCAAAAAUGCCUUAAAAAUAUUCGGCCGACCCACACGACAAUGGAGAAAGGAGUACGUUGAGCCAAAUUAUUUUAAGCCAUCUGUUGAAUAUCGUUUUACUCAUAUAAACCCUUUGUUUCCAGGAGAGGAUGUCCCGAUUCUCAGAUUCACAUUAGCCAAAGGAAUACAAAUGCUGAUCCCUGUAGAGCAUGACGCACAUUCAGAGACAGCGGGAAGUGAAGCUUCAGGACAGAGAAAUGUCACCCCAAGCCCUGCCAAUGGUAAUCAGGCAGAAGUCGGAAAAAAGGGAAGAAAAGAAAAGGCAACAUAAUUCAAGAAUUCAGCCUACCAAAAGCAAGGCGCCCACGAGCACAGCUGAGGAGGGGAGUAAACUGGAAACAUUGCAAGGGAGGCGAGAGAUUGAGCUUUCUAUUACAAUAAAUAAUUUUCAUAUUUUUUUGGUUGUUUUUAAAGUUUUCUCUCAGUGAAACCGGAAAAAGUAACUUCCAACAGAAAGAAAAGGUGAGGAAUUAUACGAGUCCUCUAAACAUUGUAAAAAGGCCCUGGCGUAUAGGCAUGUACUUCCCCAGAAUCUACCAUUCAUCUACUU